AUGUCCGAGGUCACAGUGGAAACGACACAGCCUGGUGAUCUCAACGAACAAAUGCGUAACUGCACACUCGCUCUAGAGCAAUAUUUGCAGAGCUUUAUAAGCUUAACGUUCUUCGUGUGUUUCCAUAAAUCAAGGGAAAGCGAUACCGCAGCUGCAGACAGGACGUUUGAAGAACUGCGCUUAAAAACGAAAGGGUUAAUGUCUCAAACACGAAAAGUGCUCGAGUCCUCGAAUGAACUUGGUCCAGCUACGCUCAAGACAUUGCUAAGCCCUCAAUUUCUACACGAAACUCGUGAAUGUUCACAAACCCUUUAUGACGAAAUGGCAGAGGUUUUAAGGCGAAUUGAAGAAAAUGACCUUGAAUUUCUUGUGGGGAUGCUACCAACACUCCGAGCCAUGCACAACUGCAUUCUAGGUUUCAUACAGAUAUGCCAUUUUGUUCGAAAACUACCCGUUCAGCAACAAUACUCUUUAUCUGCGCUUCAAACCCAAGUACUGGAAAAAGAGCUGCGGAGCGAUCUUCUCGAUCCUUGGCAAACACAAGUCAACCGUCUGGUCAACUGUGUCAAUACAAGCGUCUUCGUGAUUGAGUUUUGUACACAGCAACACAAGGUGAAGGAAAAAAUGGACAACCUUCGAGAAAAUGGAGCUCUCGAAGACGGUUGGCCCUACUGGAGAAGUAAAGAAGAACGUGCAGCUGCCCGCGUCGAGGUUCUAACAGAACUACAAGAACACUCGAAGGAAACAGAAGAGAACAAAAGAGAGGACAAAUCCAGAUAA